CCUCCCUCCGGUCGACGACACGACACCCAUUAACGUCGGCGUCUAACUGCUUUAAACCACAGGUUGUUUCUCCCAGCAAUACCCUUCCAGCAAGUCAGAAGCAUCUUGCUUGCUGCUAGUUCAGACUUGAUUAGAAAAAUGAUUACCGCAACUUUCAAUUCAAUAUCCUUCAAUAAAGGAUGCUUGUGGAAGGACGUGGGGCCAAAGAGGCGAAUCUAUACUCUGAAAUUGCUGAAGGCAUAUACUCAUAUGGUGUUACAAGGCAUCGCCAUGAAUCAAGUUUCUGUAGUUAGCUAUUAUGAUGAAAUGCUCAUUACCUUGCUAGUUCCAGAAAUUGAACAAGGACUUUCUGGGGCUGCACAUUCAAAAAUAACUCUCAGUUUUACUCCACACCUCAUGCUAAUGCUGUCUCAAAUGGCAGCAAAUGAAAAUGAAAGGCUGCACAAAAUGGCAGCAAAUGAAGAAGGGAGAGCUGCACAGCACAGUAGCAGCAAAGUGCAGCAAGAUAGGCUGCAACUGUUGAUGAAAUGAGGCUGUAAUGAACAGAAAAUGAAAUGCAAAUGCAAAUGGAAGGCUGCAAAACAGCAGCAAAGUACAGCAACAUGGAGCCGCACAAAUGGCAGCAAAUCUUUUAAUGUAAUCUUGUUUUAAAUGCUUGAUAGAUUUUCUUGUAUUAGAUAAAUAUUAGGUGAGAAAAUUACUGUUGUUGUUUUAAGAAAUUUUGUGCUAUAUA